AUGCUGAAGAAACUAAUCCGUGAGCGAAAGUCGCUUGAACCGCGUAUCAAGCGAGUUUCUGAUGUGGUGAUGAAGUUAGAGCCAGAAGCGGCUGAAGAAAUAGACGUUCAAAUGGAGAUCGAAACGCUAAAUGAUAUAUGGGCUAGUUAUUGUUCAGUGCAUAAAAGAAUUUUGGAUGUGAGUGAAGAAGAUGAAAUGUACAAUGAUGCCGUCGAUCAGCAACGAAAUUUUGAAGCAACGUACCUCGCGCUAAAAGGCCGCUUGUUGAAAAUUUUGAAACUGGUUAAAAAUCGGGACAGUAGAGAAGAAAACCAUCCACAGCCGCAAAACGAUAUAAUAGCUCAGCUAGCAAGCCAACAAGCCGAGUUCUUUCGUAUAAUGUCCACUCGAUUGAAUCCCGUCGGCAUCGAUGCGACUGCACCAGUUGAGCCGCACCAAUUGGAUGCCCCCAAUAUGCCGCUUUCGGAUCUAAAAUUACCUCGUGUGAAUUUGCCAGCGUUUUGUGGUGAUUAUUUAGAGUGGCAAUCAUUUAUUGAUUUGUUCAAAAGCAUGGUCGAUCAAAAUCCUUUGUUAAAGGAUAGCCAGAAACUAUAUUUUCUGAAAACCAAUCUUUCUGGCGAAGCAGCAUCACUCAUCUCGCACUUGAAGAUUGAGGAUGCCAAUUACACUUUGGCAUUAGAGAAAUUAAAAUCUCGAUAUGAUAAGCCGCUUGAAAUUGCGCACAAACAUAUUCAGCGUUUUCUGAACCAGCCAGCCCUGACGUCAUCGUCUGCUCCCGGACUGCGUUCUCUUCAUGACGUCUCUGAUGAAGUGGUGCGCGCUCUUCGAGCGAUGGAGAGAGAGGAUCGCGACACAUGGCUAAUAUUCAUCCUUAGUGAAAAAUUUGAUCCAGCAACUAGGCAGUUGUGGUAUCAACGUGUUGCUGACAUGCAGGAAAAUGAAAUCACUUUGCAAUGUAUGCUAAAGUUUCUCGAUUCGCGUUGUUUUGCAUUACAAUCGGCUCAAACGGAUAAGCAGCGAAACGCCGUCCUCUCCAAGCCGCAAUUGAAGCAACCGUAUAAGAGUACCGCAUUCGUCGCUACUAACUCAUCGUCAUAUUGCUAUAUCUGUUCCAAAUCAGCGCAUAUGCCCUUUCAGUGUGGUAAGUUCAUUCAUAUGAGCCCUGAUGAACGUUUAGCUGCUAUUAAUCGGCAUAGGCUGUGUCGAAACUGUUUUAAGAAGCAUCCCGGUGAAACAUGCAAAUCAAGUAAUUGCCGAAAAUGCGGUCUACGUCACCACACAUUACUGCAUGCUGCUCUCGAAGCCCCCAACUUCCAACACACACCCUCUACGUCGUUUGCUGCCUCUACUGGUGGCAAUCCAGCCGCUCAAUCGUUACUCUCUGCUCUCGAGACAAAUUCUCCUAUAGAUGCGUCCAGUGUCCUUCUAGCAACAGUGGCAAUCAAUGUUUUGGAUAAGAAAGGUCGACCCCAUGCUUGUCGAGCUGUCUUAGAUUGCGCAUCUCAGGUUAGCUUCAUCAGCGAAAGUUUUUGCAAUGAACUCGGUCUUGAAAUGAUGGAUGCAGAUAUGGACCUCGAAGGUAUAUCUUCCACACCAGCACAUGCUGAUAAGUGCGUGCAAAUUAUUAUAGCAUCCCGAUGUACGGAUUAUCGCACCUCGGUUCCGUGCAUGGUGCUUGAGAGAAUAACAAAAACACUCCCAGCAAAACCGGCAGACAUCGAUGGUUGGUCUAUCCCAGAGUCUAUUAAACUGGCAGACCCUCUCUUCCAUCGACCAGGUAAAAUCAAUAUCCUGAUUGGAAAUGAGCUAUUUUUUCAGCUUCUUGAGCCAGGAAAAAUUAGUCUCAGUUCUGAUGAUAAUUUACCUACGCUUCAAAACACAAAGUUUGGAUGGGUGGUUGCCGGACGGUACAAAAAUACCACACCAGCGCGUGCAAGCGCUUCAACAUGCUUAAUAGCAUCAGUAGAUGAUUCACUCGAUCAACAGUUGCGACGAUUUUGGGAGCUUGAGGAGUACGUGCCUCCUACAGCCCAUCUUAGUGAAGAAGAAAAACAGUGUGAAGACCAUUUUGCAAGGCACACUGUUAGAAAUGCCGACGGACAGUUCACCGUUCGCUUACCGUUCUUGCACAGCCCGAGUCAACUUGGCGACUCGCGCCAGAUAGCUGCAAGGCGCUUAGAACACAUUGAGCGAAAGCUGCAGAAAAAUCCACAUUUGAAACAGGAGUAUCAUGCUUUCCUACGUGAGUACAUUGAACUAGGACAUAUGACUCGUGCUGAGUCUCCCGCUACCAAUCACACCGUUUACCUUCCCCAUCACUGCGUGAUAAAGGAAGCAAGCUCUACUACAAAAUGUAGAGUCGUUUUCGACGCUUCGGCAAAAACCACUAGCGGAAAAUCUCUCAAUGAUGUACUCAUGGCUGGCCCAGUCCUACAGGACUCGCUAAUUAAUAUUUUGCUUCGCUUCCGUAUUCCGGCCUUUGUGGUUGCGGGAGAUAUUAAACAAAUGUACCGCAUGGUAAGGAUCCAUGAUUGUGAUCGCGACUUCCAGAGGAUUCUUUGGCGAUGGUCCAGCAGCGAGCCAGUUAGUGAAUUUGUAUUAAACACGGUGACGUUUGGAACCAAAAGUGCAUCUUACCUGGCAACGAAGUGUGUGCAACAGCUUUUGAAUGCACAUCGGCAGCGAUAUCCAGCAGCGGUAGAAAAGGCGGAAAAGGGAAUGUACGUGGACGACGUUUUGACUGGUGCUGACACCGAGCAAGAAGCAGUGCUACUUCGCGAACAGCUGUCUACUAUUUUUGCUUCCGGUGGUUUUCAUCUGCGUAAAUGGGCGUCUAAUAGUGCAGCGGUGCUAAAAGGUGUUCCGGUUGCGGAUCGGGAGAUAGAAAUUUCGAUUGGAAUAAGCGAUGAACAAGUCAUCAAGGCCCUCGGCAUCCACUGGCAGCCGUGCAGCGACAUGUUCCAGUUUUCCUAUAUCCGAACAAAGAUCCUUCAGCACACAAAGCGGACCAUACUAUCACAAAUCGCCAGCCUCUUCGACCCGCUUGGUUUACUGGCCCCUGUCAUCGUGAAGGCAAAACUGGUCAUGCAACAGAUGUGGGAGCUGAAGGUGGCAUGGGAUGAAACUCCCCCCGGUGAGUUACUCGAUAUUUGGUUAAAGUUGGUCCAAAGUCUUUCCGAUCUCAACUUCUUACAGGUACCACGACGCGUGAUCGACUCAUCUGGAACCCUCCGUAUGUUUCUGCACGGCUACAGUGAUGCCUCCGAGCGGGCCAUGGGAGCAUGCAUCUACUUACGAGUCUGUUACAACGACGAUAGGAAAUCAUCACAUUUGCUCUGUGCAAAAUCGAGAAUAGCACCGGUUGGUAACGGAAGGACAACACUGCCUCGGUUGGAGUUGGAAGCAGCACGGAUUCUGGCCAGAUUAAUGGCAAACGUUCAAGCGGCACUCUCCUUGGCGUUCCACGAAAUACGAGCAUUCUCCGACUCAACAGUGGCCCUGGCGUGGAUAAAGGGUGGCGCUUCGCGAUGGAAAACUUUCGUCGCCAAUCGAGUAGCUGAAAUCGUGAACCACCUUCCAGCCAUCAACUGGUACCAUGUCGACACGCAUAGCAACCCAGCAGACUUAAUUUCACGAGGAGCACUUCCCGCUCAAAUAUCAACUAACCCGUUAUGGUGGAACGGGCUGAUUUGGAACGAGAAUUCUAACAUCCAACACCAUGACAUAUCCGAUAGUCUUAGCGCCAUACAACAACGACAGGUGGAGAAAGAGCAGCGCGUGGUGGCUGUUGCGUGCUUAACCGUAUAUGAAAAUCAGUUUCUCGACAAGAUUAUGUCAAGAUAUUACCCGAACUUAAUGUUUCUCCUGCGUAUUACAGCACGAAUGCUGCGAUUUAAAUACCGUGAUCAUAGGCAGUCCCACCGCCUCACAUCCCACGAAAUCGACAGGGCACUACGCGUCUACUUGCAACAUGUUCAGAAUCAGCACUUCUGGAAGGAGAUUAACCAGCUUAAUCACGGUCAAGAUGUCAGCCGAUCCAGUUGUCUUCAUCAGCUGAAACCCUUCCUGGAUGAAAAUCAUCUUCUCAGGGUGGGCGGAAGAUUACAGCAGUCAGACCUGAGCUACGAUACAAAACACCCGAUUCUGCUACCGCACAAGUCGAUACUCUCAUCGUACAUCCUACACCAUGAACAUUACGAACAAUUACAUUGUGGACCUCAAAUGUUGUUGGCAGGAAUCCGCCAACGUUAUUGGAUUAUUCGAGGAGUAAGCGCUGCCAGAAAGGUUUGUCGUGCCUGCGUUCAUUGUGCUCGUGCAAGGCCCGCAUCGGUGCGUCAACAAAUGGGACAGCUACCAGCAGAUCGUGUGAAGCCUCUACCUCCAUUCUCUAUUACCGGCAUCGAUUACGCUGGUCCAAUCAACGUGAUUGGUCGCCGUACACGCGGUGCAACCAUUGCAAAGGGAUAUAUCGCGCUGUUCGUCUGUUUUUCAACUCGAGCCGUUCACCUCGAAGCAGUUUCGGAUCUAAGCACGUCUUCAUUCAUCGCUGCCUUCACUCGGUUCAUCAGUCGUUAUGGCUUGCCGAAUAAAGUUUAUUCUGACAACGCUACCAACCUCCGAGGAGCAGCGAAAAAGCUUCGUGAUCUGUACGAGCACAUUAAUGCUACUGAAAAUGACGAUCAGGUAAUUGAUUUUUUCACAACUAAAGGGAUUGAGUGGUUAUUUAACCCGGCUAGAUCUCCUCAUCAUGGUGGUUUGUGGGAAGCCGGCAUCAAGGUUGCCAAGAGCUUUUUGAGCAAAUUAGGAGGAGAUAAUCGCUUUACCUUUGAAGAGUUGAGCACAGUUCUUGCCCAGAUAUCUGCAUGCAUGAACUCGCGUCCUAUUUCUCCCUUAUCAAAUGAUCCCAGUGAGCCUCAACCCCUCACACCCGCACAUUUCUUGAUUGGAAGGCCACUUCAUAUUAUCCCGGAGAUAAACCAACUAGACGAUAAAAUUGACUCGUUAGGCAGAUGGCAGUAUGUACAGCGCGUUACGCAGGAGUUCAGAUCACGCUGGCAAUCCGAAUAUGUUUCGCUACUUCAACGCAUGGUCAAAUGGCAACGUAGCGCACCCAACAUUAUGGUAGGAGAUUUCGUAUUGCUUGUCAGCGAUAAUGAGAAGCCGAAGCAGUGGCCAAUGGGCCGAGUCGUCGAACUAUUUCCUGGGACCGAUGGUAUUGUCAGAGUGGUGGCGGUAAAAACGUUGAACGGAAUUUCCAAACGAGAUGUGAGAAGAAUUCGGCGUAUUCCAUUGGAGGCUGAUGAAUAUGUUCCUGGACGUAACGGUGCGGAAAUUUCUAGCCGCAAUUUGGUGGGCGGAUUAUGUUGUGGCGGAAUAUAG